AUGCAUGUGCCAGACUGGACUCAGCUCCCUGAAGAGCUGCUUCAAGUUAUCUCGGAGAAACUGGACAACUGUUUCGAUGUAGUUCAUGCUCGCUCUGUUUGCAGCUCGUGGCGAUCCUCAAUACCCUUUCCUUGUAGCCUAGUGCGCCCGAGUUACUCUCUUCCCUCGUCCGGAUCUUUCUUUUACAAAGGCUUGGGCACCCUCAAGAAGAUCCCUUUGUUUCUCUUUAUUGUCCCUACUCUUUCUGCGUCGUCUUCUGAGUAUUUUCUGGGAGGAAUAGGCUGUAGAGAUGAGGCAGAGGAUCAAACAGAGCUUCCAUCUCCUAUUCAGUGUUCAGUGAAAGUGAAGAUAGGAGAAUCUGAUCCAAGGUUGAUGAACAUGCUCGACUGCGAGAUCCUCCCUCUGGGCCAUCAGUACAGACUGAUCGGUUGCAAUCCUAGUUAUUACAGAGGCGUGGCUUUCCUUCCGCUAAAGAAGGAGGGAGGAAGAGAAUUUGUUGUGCUUCUCCACUACGGUUAUGUUUUGUAUGUGCAAACAAGUGCCGAAAUGAAGUGGAAGCGGCUGAAGAACGUUCCAAAAAGUGAAAUAUGUCGGGAUGUAGUCACUUUUAGAGGCAGAUUCUAUGCAUCCUUUCGUAACGGAACAAGUGUGGUUAUCGAUCCUUAUUCCCUGGACGUGACUCUCUUGAUGCACUCGCAGAAUCGAGAGAUAUCACACUAUCUGGUUCCAUCUGGCAAUGAUGACCUUUUCCUGGUUCAUAGAUUCGCUAGCCACUCAACAUAUAGAGUGAGUAGGCUAGACGAGGAGGCUGGUAAAUGGGUCGAGAUCUCCGAGGUAGGAGACCGUGUUUUGUUUAUUAGUGGAGGUGUUUUGGGAAAUGUAUGCUGCUCGGCUAAAGAGCUUCCCGAUGGUUGUGGUGUGAGCGGGAACUCAAUUGUGUUCACCGAUUAUGUCGGUGGAACAUACUCCUAUAAAUAUGGAGUAGAUACAGGGAGAGGGGAAGACGGCCGCAAAGGUUGGAGACCCUCUAGAGAGAGUCGUGUGAAAGUCCUCAGCACAUCUCCAGUGGUGGCUCUCCGGGUUGAGCACUAA